AUGUCGGCGCAAGUGUUUUUUUCGCCAUGUCUCUCCGCCACACUCACUCGCCGUCCUCUCGCCAGUAGUCCGUCGACAGCUCAUGACGUGCUAACACGUGGCGGAUUAACGCUUCUCGGCGAAUCGGCACGUGACGUGCACCCAUGUGGUCAUGGCAGGUCAAGAGAGGACGCUCCUCUUCACCUCACGCCGCUUCGCUGCUCCCGUUCUCUCCAUCCCUUACCAUCUCCGUCUCACAUCAAGCUGUAUGUCAGGAGAUCGCACAGUUCGCACUCUCGGGAGGCCAUAUUCUGCGAAAGCUUGACGACGGGUAACCAGAAGGCCAGGGUUAGGGUUUUAACCCACUCGCCGCAGAUACCUACCCGCGCGGCGCUCCAUGGCCGCCACAUUGCCGCCGCUGACUGGUCGAGUAGAAGGAGGACAUGUGGCACCGACUGCUCCGCGGGUAACAUUAGCAGCAGAGGUGAAAGCGAGGGGGUAGACAGCAGUGGUCGACGGGGCAGCCAUCGGUGGCGCGUGCGCGUGGCAGCGGGCAGCGCGGGGGGUAGCCGCGGCUCAGACGGGGCUUCGCGCCCGUUAUCUGCUCCUGUGCCGCCGCCCGUUGUGCCCUCACCCGCAGCGGCGGCGGCGGCGGCGGCGGCGGCGGCGGCGGCGGCGGCGGCGGCGGCGGCGGCGGCGGCGGCGGCAGGGAAAGGACAGCACGCCGCGGGCGCGGACAGGGACGAUGGUAGCGCAACUCCCGGGAGGGGUGCCGCCGCCGCGUUGAACCAGGCAGAAACCGCUUCGGAACCUCCGCCGCACGGGGGCAGUACAACAGGGGCGGGAAGAGAGGGCGCAGGCGCGGAUGCGCGCGCGGAGAGUGGGGACUGCAUCGCGGACGAAGCCGCGGAGGCAGGUCCGGAGAUGGGCGCGGAGGCGGAGGGCGGAAGCAGCGCGCGGUUCCGCGAGACGCUUCAGAUGGUGGAGACGGCGAUGCUGGCGGCGACGUCGGGGCUGGCGUUCUUCCUGGCGAACUCGCUGCGCGUGGAGGGCUACCUCGGGUUCUUCUUCCCGCUCCCCGCUGUUGUUGCCUCCAUGCGCUGGGGCGCCACCACCGGCCUGCGCACCGCGGUACGGGGGAGGGGGAGUUUUGAGGGGGGGAAGGGGGAGGGGAGGGAAGAGGGGGAUGGGAGAGAAGGAGGGGCGGGAUUGGGCAUCCCAGCAUGCGACUUCUCUCCUCCAUGCCCAUGCGCACUUCUCCUUCACUCCUUCGCCUUCCCCUCCCUCUCUCCCUCGACCCGCCUCCCCACUCCUAACCUUCUUCUCCUCUCCGUUUCUCUCUCUCCCCCGCCCUCCCUUCCCGUUGCCACUCUGCUUGCUCCUUUCUCUUCCCGCACCCACCCCCCCCUCCGUGCACUCAG